AUGCUAAGAGAACAAGCGAAAGGCCUCCCAGUCUUUCGACCAUCUCGGAGGGAUGCCAACCCUGUCAACCCGCAUCUCAACCGGAAGACUCCCCGCCGUGGCAUAUCUCAGGACACUCUGGUAGAGGAUGAGAGCUACGAUAUGUCUCUGUUGAAGUCGGCUGCGCCGUUCGGCACAGCAAAAACUUAUGCUACUAUACCCGUUGAGGAGUCUACCGAGCCUAGCACACCUAUCUUCGACAUGACUUCCUUUUCUGGUCCUAUGGGUCCACAGGAUCAUGUGUUCCUGAAGAACCUACAAGAACAAGAGGCGAAUGGUCAACUAACAGGUGGUUUGGGAUCCGGGAUAAAUCCCGACACUAGGAUUACAGGUGGUGAGCUUCUAGCUACAAGUCCUACGGUCAAAAGGUCGUUCUCAUUCUCGAGAGCUUUGUCAGUAAGGAGGAAACCCACGGUUAGGAACGAAAUUAGGGGCCUCGGACAGACCGCGGCCAACAAGACAGGUGAAGUCAUCGAGGUCAUCAUCGAAGAACCAUCAGAGGAUCUCAGCAACAUGACUGGACCGACUGCUGUCGGCGUGGAUCCACAUUCGAUGCGGCGUUCGACAUUUCCUAGGUCAGACACCAAAAAGGAGGUGUUCUAUCCACAACCAAACUGGAAACCAUUCGCGAUGAGAUGGCCAUACUUGAUGAGUCUCAUUUUACUAUCACUCGGCCUCGCCAUUGCCCAGGAGCUGUUGUACCGCCAGUCUGUAAUAUCACCAUUGAUGAAGUUCGAGAAACCAGACGAAAUCAAACCUAUCGACUAUUUUGUGUUGAAAUUCCUGCCGACAAUCGUUACGGUCACGUUUGGUGUUUUGUGGUCGAUAACGGAUUCCGAGGUGAAGCGUUUGGAAGCUUUUUAUCAAGUGUCGAAAGAAGGAGGCGCCCUAGCCGCUGAAUCGGUCAACGUUGAUUAUUUAACACUCUUUAAUCUGAUGGGGCCUAUCCGUGCUUUUCAGAGAAAACACUAUACGGUCGCCGUAUCAUCAAUAAUGAGUUUGCUCGCCGUUUCACUUGUCCCUACGCUGGGUUCGGCAGCAAUCAUCAUGAACCCUGAUAAGAAGACACGACAAGAAAAUGUCCUCAUCGAAAAGACGAUUACAAUCAACCCGACAUUGUCCCGUCUUCUAACUUCCACCUUUGUCAUUAUUGCCGUGCUAGGGAUGAUCCUCUUCUAUCAACUACAAAGUCGUCGGUCAGGAUUGCUAGCAGAUGUGAAGGGUAUCGCAGGACUUGCGUCAAUGGCUGUAGUCAGCCAUAUCAUGAUGGAUUUCAAAGAUAUGGAUGUUGCCAAGCCGAAGGAUAUUCAUUACAAACUCCGGAACUACCGCUAUGUUUUGCGAAACUCUUCACUAGCACGAGAUGACUCGUCGCCAAUGACCACGCAAGAAAGAGACAGAUACAAGGAAACACAUUUGCCAGAGAAUCCACAUCCACUAAUACUGCGAGCAAAGGGCGGCAUACCUUUCAUAGUCGGGAUUUUGCUCUUCCUGGGCUUCGUUCCCCUGUUCCUCUUCACGCCAGUGAGUGAGUUGACCGACAAAGCACCUUGGAUAGUGACAGCACUCGCCGUCUGCAUCAAGCUCGCCUGGGGCAGUCUUGACACCGACAUCCGCAUGAUGGAACCGUAUUAUAUCCUAUCGAAGCGCCAUGCUCCGGCCAAGACACUGACACUUGACUACACGGCCAUGCCGUUCGCGUGGGUCGCGAUACGCGCCUUGCUCAACAAACACUGGCUUGUCGCCCUCGUCGGCUUCGGUACCGUACUCUCCGAAACUCUAACCAUCUAUGUAACCUCACUCGCCACCGUGGAGGGCAAGGACUUCAUAGACCAGAUCCGCCGCGCGGCCCAAUACACAGACAACACACUAUCUGGUGGACCCUUGCCGGAUGAUCCAAACCAAGACUUCAAUUCCGGGCAGGAAACAGUGGGUUCAUUCGUCCUCUCGCUUGCGUUUACCGCAUUUACCCUGCUGUAUAUGUUCACGGUAGCGACGCUGGUCUUCGUGAGACGCCGACAUCCAUUCCUGCCCAGACAGCCGAAUACUAUUGCCAGCAUCCUUGCCUUCAUGCAUCAGAGUAAAAUGCUGUACGAUUUCGUCGGAACGGCCAAGUAUAGCAACGCCGAGAUGUUGCGCAAGCUUCAGUCGCUGGGCAAGACGUAUGGCCUGGGCUGGUUCGAGGGCCGUGAUGGCCAGACACACUGCGGAGUGGACGAGGAAGAGCUCACAGGAAGUUAUAAGCACGGCAUUGAUUACAGUCAAGGGAACAAGCCGUGGGACCGUGAAUGGCAGUUGUUCUAAUUAUGAGGCCACCGUAUCACAUUGGGAGAUAAUAGAUGCCAGGAUAGAAGUAUUCUACAUAUGUUUCAGAAGCAA